AGGAAUUUCCGCUGACGUCACUGCGUAUGUCCAUAACAGGGCUGCAGCUGUCUGAGAGCAACAACAACAAGCUCUGCCCAACUUCAAUGCGGGUGUAACGCUACUGACAACCCUAAAGAACACUCAUAAUUACAAAAUGCAACUGUCGAAAUAAUUCUGCCGUUCGGUUCUUAGUCCUCCGCGCUGAAAACCGGCUUAUCGUCGCGACCAGCGCCGCGGAACAAACGCGAAGACUCGGCCGCAGGGGGAGCAGGGCAGUUCGGGGCUGCAUCUGGGUCAGUGGGCCUAUCGGUGGCUGUACCGGUGGUUUUGUCAUCCCUGCAGUCUCCUAUUGCGCCUGUCAUUCGUUUAUAUAUACAUCGUGUCAGCUGUAUGAACUGUGAUAACAUGCAGGCUAACGGGGCAGAGCAGGACCGUGAUUCAGAACUGUCAUGCCAAAACGGUGCACAGAAUGGUGAGUCGUCCUCCGUCGGCGCAGCUCACUCUAACGGACUUCUGUCAGUCACUAACAAUGGAAAUGCUGUCAGCAACAACAACGGUGUGUCAGCCCAGCCCGCUUCCAACAACAACAGCACGUCGGAUACCAACUCUGGCGUCAAAAAGAAGAAGCGUCUGUCUCAGUCUGAGGAGGAUGUCAUCAGACUGAUAGGACAACAUUUAAACGAUUUAGGUCUCAAUCAGACAGUGGACCUUUUGAUGCAGGAAUCGGGCUGCAGACUGGAGCACCCCUCUGCCACCAAGUUCCGCAAUCAUGUUAUUGAAGGAGAGUGGGACAAGGCUGAGAGUGACCUGAAUGAGCUGAAGGCACUAAUGCAUUCUCCAAGUGCUAUAGUGCGGAUGAAAUUCCUGCUGUUGCAGCAGAAAUAUCUGGAGUAUCUGGAGGAUGGGAAGGUCUUGGAGGCUCUGCAGGUCCUCAGAGCUGAGCUCACUCCUCUGAAGUAUAACACAGAACGUAUCCACAUCCUCAGCGGGUACCUGAUGUGCAGUCAUGCAGAGGACUUGCGAGCCAAAGCAGAGUGGGAAGGCAAAGGCACGGUAUCCCGGACAAAACUACUGGACAAGCUCCAGACGUACCUGCCUCCAUCAGUGAUGCUGCCUCCUCGCCGUCUGCAAACUCUGCUGAAGCAGGCAGUGGAGCUGCAGAGGGAGCGCUGUCUCUACCACAACACCAAACUGGACAGUGGCCUAGACACCGUGUCUCUGCUCCUGGAUCACGCCUGCAGCCGGAAGCAGUUCCCUUGCUACACACAGCAGAUUCUAACUGAGCACUGUAAUGAAGUCUGGUUCUGCAAGUUCUCCAAUAAUGGCACCAAGCUGGCGACUGGGUCCAAAGAUACCACAGUCAUUGUAUGGCAAGUUGACAUGGAAACCCAGCAGCUAAAGUUGAUGAAGACUCUGGAGGGUCAUGCUUAUGGAGUUUCUUACCUAGCAUGGAGCCCUGAUGAUACCUAUCUGAUAGCCUGUGGUCCUGAUGACUGCUCUGAGCUGUGGCUGUGGAAUAUACAGACAGGAGAACUGCGAACAAAGAUGAGUCAAUCUCAUGAGGAUAGCCUUACUAGUGUCGCUUGGAAUCCAGAUGGCAAACGUUUCGUCACUGGCGGCCAGAGAGGGCAAUUCUACCAGUGUGAUUUGGAUGGAAACCUGUUGGAUUCGUGGGAAGGAGUACGGGUGCAGUGCCUGUGGUGUCUGACUGACGGCCGGACCGUCCUCGCAUCAGACACCCACCAACGCAUCCGGGGAUACAAUUUUGAGGACCUGACAGACAGAAACAUAGUGCAGGAGGAUCAUCCCAUCAUGUCUUUCACUGUUUCUAAAAAUGGAAGACUAGCUCUGCUCAAUGUUGCUACUCAGGGAGUGCACCUGUGGGACCUACAGGACCGGGUGCUGGUAAGGAAGUACCAAGGAGUGACCCAAGGCUUCUACACCAUCCAUUCCUGCUUUGGGGGGCACAAUGAGGACUUCAUUGCUAGUGGCAGUGAAGACCACAAAGUUUACAUCUGGCACCGGCGCAGUGAGCUGCCCAUCGCAGAGCUGACUGGUCACACACGGACAGUCAACUGUGUGAGCUGGAACCCUGUCUUGCCUGGACUGCUGGCCAGUGCCUCAGACGACGGAACUGUCCGAAUCUGGGGGCCUGCCCCAUUCCUGGAUGUCCAGGAUGCAGAAGGUCUUAAUGAAUGUUGCAGCAUGGAUAGCUGAUGAUCAGCUAUUGCUGUCAACCUGACAGGCAUUAAGACUCUGUAGACACUUGAAUGGAUGAAGCGGGGGGAGGUUUUGGUGAUAUGGACAACUGCUUCCUGGAGGUGAGGCCAGCAGUCAGGAUGUCCCAACGUAGGGAUAUCAAACUCACUCAGAAAAAGAACAGCUGGCCUAGUGAAGUUGGGCUCCAGGACAUCAAGUAUCUGACUCAACUCCUCCUCCUCUCUGGACCUGUUCCCUCAGCACCGUGCAGGACCAACCACAUCCUGUUAUUUAUUAUCAGCUAGGUUAUUUAUUCAUGAGUAGAUCACUGACUAGUGCUAGGCUGUGACGUAGCAGAACCUGUUGGAGGAUGUGUGUUAUCUUCAGUUCCCUGACUGAGCUGCUCACAUAAAGAGAUUUCAGCAUUUUUUCCCUUAUUCACCUCCUGAACUUUUUACGAGAGUCUACUUGUAGAAACAUUUUGUGGAUGUAACACCCACUUAAGGAGAAACUUCUAACUGGAAAAAUCUAUGUUAUCUUGUGUUUUCAUUUAUGGAAGAAGACAUUAAUGUUUUUUCUCCCUUUACCUUUCCUGCUUAUAUCCAGAGAAAGAGUAGUAUUUGAUGAGCAUGUUGCGUAGGAUUGCAUGGGACAGCAUUUUGAUUGCUUACCCAUGUUUUACACUUGCAGUAUAUCCUGCUAAAACUGUUCAAAUGUAUUAAGUGGUUUGUUUGCCUUCUAAAAGCAUACAGCAGCCAGUGUAUGCAAACCUUUAGAGUUCAAGGGAUUAUCUGUGGACCUGCACCUUUCACAUAUGAAUUACCAAGUGUAGCUUUCCUUGUACAUCACUUUGCUUUCUUUGUUUCUUUUUUUAGUUCUUAUUGCAGGCUGUUGCCAUCUCUCCCUGUAUACAAACAGCAAGCUUUACAAUAUGUUUUUUGUUUGGUUUAGCUGUUACUUGUCAAGUUUUAUUCAUCAUUAUGUUUUUUUUUUUAAUUAACUACAAGUGGAGCUGUAACAUUUAAAGGCACUCCCAUGUUUCUUACUGUAGCAAGUAGAGUCCCCACAAUUCCAGCUGUAUGAACCUUUUUUUUCCAAAGUUAAAAUAUAUGUUUCAUAUAACAUAAAAUCCCAUAAAUUUGACAUCCUUUGUUCUGUGGCUCUCAGAAGAUGAUAAUCUUUGAAAACAUAUUAAUCAAGCCUAUGUGAUUUCCUAACAUACCUGGCUACUGUAGUUUUGAACAAACAUUAGUUGGAGUUGGAGACUUUUUCCAGUGAUGGAUGAAUUGAUAUCUGGUGCACUUGUGAGUAUAUAGGGCAACAGGAUGGUGGGACUGACACAAAAAAAUACUACAGUGGGAGUUCAUGACCUCUCAAGUUUUUCAAGUUUUUUGGAUAGAGGUGAACCUCUGGAUUAGGGGAAUCUGAUAUAUCCACCUUUGUUGCACUUGUUAGGAUGCAUUCAUUUUUUUGAUCAGUAAAUGUCAAAAGAAAUUAAAAACAAAAACAGCAAAUUACAAGCCUGAUCCGUUAUGUUCAACACAUCAACAGUGACCUGAAGGGACACAGUAACAAAGUGAUGGUGGUGUCUUCAACAGUCAGGGUGUGACACAUCUGUACACAAGUGUAACAUAAAGUAAUUAUGAAACACAAAAGUGUUUUCAGAGAGUCGCAAGAACAAUCUUGCCGGAUGCAUUGUUCUAUGUAAUAUGUGCUGUAUAUUUGUAUGUUAUGGCAUGUAUUAUGAGGCUGUGUACAAAUGGCAGACAUGAUGAUAAUGUAUGUUUUUAAGGGUUCCUGUGCUUGUUCUGUUUACUUUCAAAUUUUAAAAGGUUUCAGCUGCUUUUUAAGAGCAUCACACCAAAUUUUCUUAACAUGAAAUAGAAAAUGUACAUUUACAACUGCUAACACUGAAAAUUUGUUUUAAGAUUCACAAACUUGCAAAGUUGCAUUUCAGCAUGUAUUGAUUUUGUGCAAACUGCUUUUAUAUAUUCUGUUUACGAGUUUAUUAGAAUGAGAAUUCUUUUCAUCAAACAUUUCUACUCAUUAACAAGAGCUGCAGGACUGUGAGAACCCUGUUUAUCUGGUCAGACACCACUGCAGCAAUCACAAGCUUCAACUUCUCCAUCACACAUCACAUACGUGGUGCACAACAAUAGAUGUUUCUCACAGAGUUAAGUCAGUCACAGCUGUGAUGUUCUAGUUUGUUUUUUCUGUAUCCCCUUUGAGUUACAGUCAACUCCAGAAAUAUCUGGACAUUAACACAAUUUUCAGCUUUUGGGUUCUGUAAACCACUACAAUGGAUUUGAAACUGAUCCAAAAAAUCCAGAUGUGUUUUAAGGGCAGAGCUUUAAUUUGAGGGUAUUAACAGCCAAAUCAGGUGAACGGUGUGGGAAUUACACCACAUUUUAUAUGUGUCCUCCACCUUUCUAAGGGACCAAAAGUAAUAGUACAAAUGAACAUAAUUAUAAACCACACUGUCAUUUUUAACAUUUGGUUGUAAAUCUUUUGCAGUCAAUGACAGCCUGAAGUCUGGAACCCAUAGACAUCACCAGAUGCUGGGUUUGGUCCCUGGUGAUGCUCUACCAGGCCUCUACUGCUGCUCUCUUCACUUCCUGCUUGUUCUUGGGGCUUUUUCCCUCCAGUUCUGUCUUCAGCAAGUGAAAUGCAGCUCAGUUUGAUUCAGGUCAGAUGACUGACUUGGUCAUUGCAGAGCAUUCCACUCCUUUGCCUUAAAACACUUCAGAAUUCACCCUGUUGCUUUUGUCAGCAGUCACAUCUCUAAUAAAUAUAAGAGAACCAGUUCCAUUGGCAGCCAUACAUGCCCACACUAUUAUACUACCACCGCCAUGCUUCACUGAUGAGCUGGUAUGCUUUGGAUCUUGAACAGUUCCUUCUCUUCUCAAAACUCUUCCCAUCAUUCUGCUACAAGUUAAUCUUUGCGUCUGCUCUCAGAUGUACGUCACUUUGGAUGAAAGUAUUUGCUAAAUGAAAUUGUAGCAUUGUAGAAGUUGAUCCUUGUCUCAUCUGUCCAUAGGAUUAUGUUCCAGAACUGCACAUGUUCUUAUAGAUGUUUUCUUGGCAAACUCUAAUCUGGUCUUCCCAUUUUUGAGGCUCACCAAUAGUUGACAGCUUUUGGUGAACCCUGUGCAUUCACUCUGGUGAAGUCUUCUCUUAAUAUUUGACUGGAGAGUGUUCUUGAUCUGGCCAACUGUUGUGAAGAGGUUUUUCUUGACCAGGGAAAGGAUUCUUCUGUCAACCACCACACUUGUUUUCUGGGGGCUUCCAGGUCUUUCAGUGUUGCUGAGCUCACCAGUACAUUAUUUCUUUUUAAGAAUGUACCAAACAGUUGAUUUGGCCGCAUUGAAUGUUUUUGUUAUCUCUCUCAUGGGUUUGUUUAGAUUUUUCAGCCGAAUGAUGGCUUGUUUCACUGAUAGUGAUGCUCUUUGGACUUCAUAUUGAGAGUUAACCUCACUUCACUUGAAGUGAACUCUAGAACUUUUAUCUGCUUAUUGUAAAUGAAAUAAUGAGGGAAUAAUACACACCUGUCCAUGGAACAGCUGAGCAGCCAACUGUCCAAUUAGCUUUGGUCCCUAAAAAGGAGGGGGUGGGGGGGUGGUACAUAUUAAAUGUGUUGCAAUUCCUGCUGAUUGGGAUGUAAAUACCCUUGAAUUAAAGCUGAAAAUCUGCACUUAAAGCACAUCUUGAUUGUUUCAUUUCAAAUCCAUUGUGGUGGUGGACAGAACCCAAAUGCUGAACAUUGUGUCAAUGUCAAAGUAUUUCUGGACCUGACUGUAGUUUAGUUUGUUUAUACUAAGUAUUUCAGGCUUUCUUCAUUUCUCUUUCAGCUAAAAGAAGCCAAAGUAGGAACUAUGUUUGCUUGCAGGCAGUUUCUGCCAGAGACCAUUUUACAUUUUAAAUGUGUUAUUACAGAAAGUGAUUGUACUGUUCAGUAUAGUUCUGUAGGAGAUUUGUUUUGUGUGCAUAUUUUAAAUAAAGCAAUCAGGGUUUUAAAUGGA